GGUCCCUGACCCAUUUUUGGGGGUCCCAGGUCCGUGACGAUGCUCGGCGCCUGCAUCCCUGCCUGCUCAGCUUCCACAACCUGCCCGAUCCCGAGCGCAGCUACAACCUGCAGAUGUCGGGGGAGACCCUCAAGACGCUGCUGGCCCUUGGCUGCCACGUGGGGAUGGCCGAUGAGAAAGCCGAGGAGAACCUCAAGAAGAUCAAACUCCCCAAAACGUACACGAUGUCCAACGGGUACAAGCCGGCGCCGUUGGACCUGGCGCACGUGAAGCUGACCCCGGCCCAGCUCACGCUCGUCGACCGCUUGGCCGAGAACAGCCACAACGUGUGGGCCCGCGACCGCGUGCAGCAGGGCUGGAGCUACAGCACCGUGCAGGACAUCAAGGAGAAGCGGAACCCACGCCUCGUCCCCUACCACCUCCUGGACGAGGGCACCAAGAGCCGCAACCGGGAGAGCCUGGGCCAGGCCGUGCGCACGCUGCUGGGCUACGGCUACAACAUCGAGCCCCCGGACCAGGACACGCCGUCGGAGGCGGCGCCGGGCCCGGCGGGGGUGCGUCCGCGGCUCUUCCGUGCCGAGCGGGCGCUGGCGGUGCGCGCCGGGCGCUGGUACUUCGAGUUCGAGGCCGUCACCGGCGGCGCCAUGCGCGUGGGCUGGGCCCGGCCCCACCUCCGCCCCGACGUCGGCCUCGGCGCCGAUGAGCUCGCCUUCGUCUUCGACGGGCACCGCGCUCAGCGGUGGCACGUGGGCAGCGAGCCCUUCGGGCGGGCCUGGCAGGGGGGGGACGUGGUCGGCUGCAUGAUCGACCUGGCCGAGGCCCACAUCAGCUUCACGCUCAACGGCGAGCUCCUCAUCAGCGACGCCGGCUCCGAGGUGGCCUUCAAGGGCUUCGACGUGGGCGAAGGCUUCGUGCCCGUGUGCAGCCUGGGUCCGGGGCAGGAGGGGCUGCUGAACCUGGGCCAGGACGUGAGCUCCCUGCGGUUCUUCACCAUCUGCGGCCUGCAGGAGGGCUACGAACCCUUCGGCGUCAACCGCAAGCGCCCGCUGCCCCUCUGGUGCAGCCACAGCCGGCCCCGCUUCGUGCCCCUGGCCCCCGACCACCCCCAGCUCGAG